UUUUUUCCUUCCUCCUUUUGCUCUCCUUUUCUUUCUGUCUUAUCCAGCCCUCUCUUUAAUCCACUCCUCUCUUCAUAUGCUUGUCUAUUGUUGGGAUCUCGUCCGUCGCUCAGGAUCUGUGUUGACAUUUAUCUUUGGACGCUGUCAGUUGACGCCCCCCUCGCCAGGGAUUGAAGGUUCACCUGGACGUGGAUGUCGAUAGUUCUUGUUUGCCUCUAUGAUCAGAAGUGAUGAUGCUGAUGUUCUGAUGGAUUUUCUUCACCACCGGCCUCUUGUGUCCAGCCGGACAUGGGACUAUGAUGGUUUGAUGUGGAAUGUCGAGGGACUGCUGUGGGUGUGAUGGGCUGGACAGUGUCGUGUGAGGAUAAAGUGUUCCUUGAGGUUUACCUAACCCUUGGAUUAGUGGCAAGACCACAGUAACCACUUCCAGAUGUUUGAGAGCACAACCUGAUUAUUCACAACAAGGCCAAUGAACAUCGCCCUCUUCACACUAUAACUUACUCUUUGCUCCUUCGGCGAUGCCAAAGUUAAUGCUUAAUCCAAGUGCAGACCCUUAAUUGCUGAGGCCAAGCCCUGUUUAUGGGAGGGAGGUUACUUUCACGGAAACAGAUCAUUGCAGUCCAGAGGCAGCUCAGGGACUGAUCAGUCUCAUCUCUACCACUCAAGCAACAGGACCUUCAGGGCUGACCGCAGGAAGCAGCCACCAUGGCGAAGGAAUCCUUUAUAUCCAAGACGGUCGCCAUCACCUUUGUGGUCAUGACCUGCUCUGUCAUCGCCGGAAUGAUCACCAUGAUUAUUUUGUACAAGACUCAGAUCGCUGACUUGAACCCGACACCCCGUCCAACCUUUUCAACCACCACCACGGGACCGCCACCCGUCAUGCGACUGCCGAAGUACCUCGUUCCUGAAACAUACACGGUCUACCUGCAACCUCACCUCUACACCAAGAUCAUCGAGGAGGUAAAUGUCACCAGUCCCAACCAGACGUUGCUCUUCACCGGGAACUCUACUGUUGUCUUUCACUGCGUCCAAACAACGAGCGCCAUCUACCUCCACAGCAAGGACCUGACCAUCAUAGAUUCAUCAGUGGUGAGCUUAAAAGACAACGUGCGGGUGAAAAUUAACGAAAUGAUACACCACGAAGAUGUAAGCGACUUCCUCGAGAUUCAGUUGAAUGAGGCGUUGGAGAAAGGGAAGAACUACAGUCUGUUUCUGAGUUUCGAGGGAGUAAUGUCACAAAGUCUCGAUGGGUUGUAUUUGAGCUCGUAUCAUGCGGACGUUGCAGCUGAGGAAGGUGAUUCAAGAGAGAGAUUCCUUGCUGCUACCAAUAUGGAGCCAACAGAAACCAGGAGAGUGUUUCCCUGUUUCGAUGAGCCAGAAAUGAAGGCGGUGUUUCACGUGACGAUCGUCCACAGGUUAAACACGAGAGCUCUCGGGAAUGAGGAACAGUCAGUCUCCAAUAUGUUAGACGACUACUGGCAAUACACCAAAUUUUAUCCAACACCAAAGAUGUCGACAUACUUGUUUGCCUUCGUGGUUUCAGAGUUCGAACAAUCAACCCGCUCCCCACAUGACCGUGUGGAAAUUCAAACGUUCGCCCGUCCCGAGGCCAUCCACGCACGACACGCCGAUUAUGCCGCCAGCAUCACCGGAAAGAUUCUCUCAUUCUACGAGAAAUAUUUUGAAAUUAACUACCAACAGAAAACGCUCGAUCAAAUUGCAUUGCCAGACUUAGCUCCUGCAGCAAUGGAAAACUGGGGACUGGUCACAUACCAGGAGGGAAGCCUGCUCUAUGAGGAAGGCGUGUCUUCACUGUUGGAGAAGGAAUGGAUCGCCACUCUGAUUGCACAUGAGCUGGCACACCAGUGGUUUGGAAAUUUGGUGACGAUGAAAUGGUGGAACCAAAUCUGGCUGAACGAGGGCUUUGCAACCUACAUGGCAACCAUUGCGGUCGAGCACGUUGAGCCUAUGUUUCAGAUGUCAGACGUAUUUGUCAUGAGAGACCUCCAUCGAGCUUUUGAAGAAGAUGCCCUGGCCUCAUCUCAUCCUCUCAAUGUUCCUGAGGAAGAGGUCCAGACGAGUUCUGCGAUCAUUGGGAUGUUUGAUUCUAUAACCUACAGCAAAGGGGCGCUGGUGCUGAGAAUGCUUGCCGGCGUAGUGGGAAAAACUACUUUCCACAAUGGAGUCAAAAUAUACCUCAGGGACUUCAUGUAUAAAAACGCCGACCAGAACGACCUCUGGGAUAGCAUUCAAAAGGCUGUAGAAAUGGAUACUGGUCACACUGAGGUUGCAAAGAUGAUGGAGCGCUGGACCAAUCAGAUCGGCUAUCCCGUCAUCACCAUCAACACCACCAAUGGAGAAAUCUACCAGAAGCAGUUUCUGUUCAAUGACACUGCUGAAUCUGAUCUUUGGUGGUACAUCCCAAUCAACAUCCUUUCAGAAACAUCUGGACCGUCUUACAUCACAGUGACGACCAACGGCGUAGAAAAGAAGAACGAACUGAUUUCUAAGAAAGGAGAGUGGAUCCUGGCAAACUUAAACUGCACCGGAUACUACAGAGUCAAUUACAACCCGGAGAACUGGGAACGCCUCCUGUCUCAGCUGGACAGCGAGCCAAAUCGGAUACCGCUGAUGAACAGAGCACAGCUUAUGGACGAUGGAUUUAACUUGGCAAGGGCCAAACUAGCCAACGUGACUCUGGCUUUGAAUUUAACCCGCUUCCUUCGGAACGAGACGGCGUACAUUGCCUGGGAAUCAGCAGUUAGGAACCUUGAAUACUUUGUCCUCAUGUUUGACCGCUCCGAGGUGUACGGACCUAUGCAGGCGUACCUCCGGGAACAGGUUACGGACCUGUAUAACUACUUCAGGAACUACACGGACUAUUCAAAAGUCCCAGAGGAUCACUCCUUACAGCACAGCCAGAUUCUCGCCAUCGACGUGGCGUGUUCCAACGGGCUCCCAGAAUGCAUAUCGAUGGCAUCAAAGAUGUACGCCAACUGGAUGAAGAGCAACGGCACCAACACCAUCCACCCCAAUCUGCGGUAUGUAAUUUACUGCCAAGCUGUGGCUGCUGGCGGGAAGAAAGAGUGGGAGUUUGCCUGGGACAAGUUUCAAAGCACCACCGACACCUCCGAGAAAGACCAGCUCCGCUCAGCUCUGGCGUGCACCAAGAAGAUCUGGCUGCUCAACAGAUACCUGGAAUACACUUUGGACCCGGAGAAGAUACGUCUGAUGGAGGUCGCCUCCACGAUUAACUACAUCGCCAAAAACGUGGCGGGGCAGGCGCUCACCUGGAACUUUAUCAGAGCACACUGGGAUUAUGUCAGCGAGGGGGAUUCAGCAUGGCUGAUUAACGGAGUGACCAGCAGAUUCUCGACACAGUUUGAACUGGAGGAGCUGGAACGCUUUUCGACGGACUACCUUCUGGGUUCUGCUGACAGGGCGGUGAACCAGGCCAUAGAGCAAACACAAGUCAACAUCCAGUGGGUCGCAGAGCACAAAGACAUUAUACUUGAGUGGUUUGAAGCACAAACAGCUUAGGGUAGAGUGGGGGGAAAACCCCCACCAAGUUUCAUUGUUUUCGAGCCUCACAGAUCAGUGGUGCUGGCCGUUUUCAGUUCUGCUGCCUUAAACAAGAACUGAUCAAGAGCGAAUCUCACUUUGUCGGGGAAACGGACCAAAGAAAUAAUCACCAAAUAAUUUACCAAAAUGAACCGCAAUCGAGCCGCACACGUAGUGCAGGACUGACCAUUCAUAAGAGAAACGUGGCACAGUGUUUAUGUAUAUACCCACAUGCACUAUUUAUAUGUUGUAUUUGAGAAAAACAAGCUUUUUGCACAUGACGCUGAUACAGCUAUACUUGUUUGACCAAAAUCACCCUUUUUCUUGUCGCUGUUGUCAGAAUUAUUUUCAUAAUCAGAACUUUGUGUUGAGUUUUUGACAGUGGAAACGAAUUAAAACUUACAUCUGCUAACGAAAAGUUUAAUCGCAACAGCUAAAAACGUAACCAGCUUUUUGAUGCCAUCGAUUUCUCAACAUUUGCACAAGCCGGAGCCAAAGGACAGACACAACCUCUGUUUGUUGUAGGGACAAUGUCUAUAUAUGUAUUAUAUUAUGUUGUAAUCAAAGAGCCAAAUUAUUCUUGAAUGUUGCUGAAAUUGUUAUUUUUAAUAAUAAAACAAUGAUAUUGUGUAAAA